AUGUGGGUGUGCGCAUGUAGAAGGGUGUGCAUGAAUGUCAAUUCUCCCCAUGUAUCAUCCUUCUUCCCCCCCUCAACACCAUUGUUGCCACCACCAGCGGCAGGAAAAGGGAUCUCCGAGGAGGGCCACGCCCUGCGCGAUUUCUCCAAGAUGCAUUUGAAGGAGGACCACUCGCAGCGACCCACCUGGGUGUGUGGGUGUGCGUGGGGAUGCACGCAUGCCAAAUUCACUGUUUCACCACGCUUCUUCCCCCUCCCGCCCUCCCUGCCACGACCACCAGCGGCAGGAGAAGGGACCUCUGACGAGGGUCACGCCCUUCGGGACUUCUCCAAGAUGCAUUUGAAGGAGGACCACUCGCAGCGACCCACGUGGGUGUGUGGGUGUGCGUGGGGAUGCACGCACGCCAAAUUCACUGUUUCACCACGCUUCUUCCCCCUCCCGCCCUCCCUGCCACGACCACCAGCGGCAGGAGAAGGGACCUCUGACGAGGGUCACGCCCUUCGGGACUUCUCCAAGAUGCAUUUGAAGGAGGACCACUCGCAGCGACCCAUGUGGGUGUGUCCGGACGGACGAAUCAUCCUGGAGACCUACUCGCCCCUCUACAAACACGCCUACGACUUUCUAAUCGCAAUUGCCGAGCCAGUCUGCCGUCCAGAGAAUGUGCACGAGUACAAUCUCACGCCCCACUCCCUGUACGCAGCGGUGUCAGUGGGUCUAGACACCAACACAAUCAUCUCUGUGCUCGACCGCCUCUCCAAGACCAAGCUCUCCCCUGACAUCAUCACCUUUAUCCGCGAGUCCACUCAGAACUACGGCAAAGUGAAGCUGGUGCUGCAGCGCAACAAGUGCGGUCCAGGUAGCGAGUUCGACCAGGACCACGGGAAAGUGAAGCUGGUGCUGCAGCGCAACAAGUACUUUGUGGAAUCGCCGUACCCCAAUGUGAGAUCUGGCCCUACACCUAGAGUCUCGUGGCAAGGUCAAGCUACCGAGUCAACACAGAACUACGGGAAGGUGAAGCUGGUGCUGCAGCGGAACAAGUACUUCGUUGAAUCGCCGUACCCCAAUUGUUUCAAUGCGCUGCGCCCCAUGUGUUUCAAUGCGUUGCGCCCCAUGUGUUUCAAUGCGCUGCGCCCCAUGUGUUUCAAUGCGCUGCGCCCCAUGUGUUUCAAUGCGCUGCGCCCCAUGUGUUUCAAUGCGCUGCGCCCCAUGUGUUUCAAUGCGCUGCGCCCCAUGUGUUUCAAUGCGCUGCGCCCCAUGUGUUUCAAUGCGCUGCGCCCCAUGUGUUUCAAUGCGCUGCGCCCCAUGUGUUUCAAUGCGCUGCGCCCCAUGUGUUUCAAUGCGCUGCGCCCCAUGUGUUUCAAUGCGCUGCGCCCCAUGUGUUUCAAUGCGCUGCGCCCCAUGUGUUUCAAUGCGUUGCGCCCCAUGUGUUUCAAUGCGCUGCGCCUCAUGUGUUUCAAUGCGCUGCGCCCCAUGUGUUUCAAUGCGCUGCGCCCCAUGUGUUUCAAUGCGCUGCGCCCCAUGUGUUUCAAUGCGUUGCGCCCCAUGUGUUUCAAUGCGCUGCGCCCCAUGUGUUUCAAUGCGCUGCGCCCCAUGUGUUUCAAUGCGCUGCGCCCCAUGUGUUUCAAUGCGCUGCGCCCCAUGUGUUUCAAUGCGCUGCGCCCCAUGUGUUUCAAUGCGUUGCGCCCCAUGUGUUUCAAUGCGCUGCGCCCCAUGUGUUUCAAUGCGCUGCGCCCCAUGUGUUUCAAUGCGCUGCGCCCCAUGUGUUUCAAUGCGCUGCGCCCCAUGUGUUUCAAUGCGCUGCGCCCCAUGUGUUUCAAUGCGCUGCGCCCCAUGUGUUUCAAUGCGCUGCGCCCCAUGUGUUUCAAUGCGCUGCGCCCCAUGUGUUUCAAUGCGCUGCGCCCCAUGUCAGGGGACGCGUUUGCAGUGCAGCAGGGGGGAGCGGCGGACGGGUCAGCAGCAGCACUUACGCAUGCGCUCAUGGGGGCGGGGGAGGACGUGGGCGGGGCAGCGGACGAUGGGGAGUUUCACUCGUUUGAGAUCGACCCCUCUCAGGUGUGUUGGCGUGUGUGUUGGGUCAGGUGCUUGGCCCAGGUGUGCUAUACGUCUGCCAACCCCCGCCCGUCCCUUAGUGUGGGUGGUGGGGGAGGGUACGAUGGGGAGUUCCACUCCUUUGAGAUCGACCCCUCCCAGGGGCCUGCUAACUCUUGCCCGUUCGUAAAGGUGGAGUGUGUGAAGCAGAGGUGUCUUCCCAACGCCCUCAACUACCCCAUGCUGGAGGAAUAUGACUUCAGAAACGACUCGGUGAAUCCUGACGUGGAUGUGGAGUUAAAGCCACAUGCGCAGCUGCGGCCGUACCAAGAGAAGAGCCUCAGCAAGAUGUUUGGCAACGGUCGAGCGCGUUCAGGCAUCAUAGUGCUGCCCUGCGGCGCAGGCAAGUCCCUGGUGGGAGUGUCAGCAGCGGUGCGCAUUCGAAAGAGCUGUCUGUGCCUGGCGACCAAUGCAGUGUCGGUGGAUCAGUGGUGCCUGCAGUUCAAAAUGUGGUCGACGAUCAAGGAUCAACAUAUCUCAAGAUUCACCUCUGAUACCAAGGAGAUGUUCCAGGGCGAUGCAGGUAUUGUGGUAACCACGUUCAACAUGAUUGCGUUCGGAGGGAAGCGGUCGGCAGAAUCGAAUAAAAUCAUUGAAGCCAUCCGAUCGCGCGAGUGGGGCUUGCUGCUCAUGGACGAGGUGCACGUGGUGCCAGCUCAGAUGUUCCGGAAGGUCAUUGGCAUCACCAAGUCGCACUGCAAGCUGGGAUUGACAGCCACUCUCGUGAGAGAGGACGAGCUGAUAGCAGACCUCAACUUCCUGAUCGGUCCCAAGCUGUAUGAAGCAAACUGGCUGGACCUGGUGCGAGGGGGGUUCAUUGCCAACGUGCAAUGCGUGGAGGUGUGGUGCCCCAUGACUCGCGAGUUCUAUGCAGAGUACAUCCGAGCCGAUGCAAGAAAGCGCCAGGGCCUGUAUGUGAUGAACCCCAACAAGUUCCGAGCAUGCGAGUACCUGAUUCGUUUUCACGAGGAGCAGAGGCGAGACAAGAUCAUUGUGUUUUCGGACAACCUGUUUGCUCUGGAGCAGUAUGCGCGGAAGCUCAACAAGCCCAUGAUCUACGGCCCUACCAGCCAUGCAGAGCGCACUCGAGUGCUCUAUGCCUUCAAGAACAGCCCCAACGUCAACACCGUCUUCCUCUCCAAGGUGGGGGACAACUCGAUUGACAUUCCAGAGGCCAACGUGAUCAUCCAGAUCUCAUCCCACGCGGGGUCAAGGAGGCAGGAGGCGCAGCGGCUGGGGCGCAUUCUGAGGGCCAAGGGGCGGAAGGAGGACCGGAUGGCGGGCGGCACGGAGCACUACAAUGCGUUCUUCUACUCGCUGGUCUCGACCGACACUCAGGAGAUGUAUUACUCGUCCAAGAGGCAACAAUUCCUCAUUGAUCAAGGUUACUCCUUCAAGGUGGUAACAUCGCUGCCCCCACCAGGGGAGGGGGACGACCUCUGCUACACGUCCAAGCAGGAGCAGCUUGAUCUGCUCUCCACGGUGUUGAGCGCAGGGGACGAAGCACUAAGGGAGGAGGUACUAGCGGAGGACUAUGACGACCUGAGCCACGUGCCCACCAUCGUGAGGCGCUCCGCUGCUUCCAUGAGCGCCAUGUCCGGCGCGCAGGGGCGGUCUUACAUGGAGUUCAGCACUGGCAGGGGUGGGGGAAGGGGAGGAGCGGGAGCAGGGAGAGGGGCAGCAAAGCCCAAGGAUCCAGCAAAGAGGCAUUCUCUCUUCAAGCAGCGCUACCGAUAG